AUGGCCCAACCUAUUGUUUCCCACAGUGCCCCCAACGGCGUAGAAGAGGAAGAGUCGCCAGAAAUUUCCAUGCCAUUACUCUCAACUCUACCCACCACAGAUCACAACUGGCAGAUAUCUCUCAAAGACAAAGUCAUAGCAAUCACAGGCGCCAACCGAGGAAUCGGACUUGGUAUCGCGGAAGUAUGUCUUGCAAACGGUGCCAAGACCGUAUACUCUCUGGAUCGAAUGGAGCCUGGCGAAGAUUUCCUCCAGCUGAUGAAGCAACAUUCUUCUCAUCUCAAGUACAAGCAAAUGGACGUGACGGAUGAGGAGAGCGUCAAGAAGGCUAUUGAUGAUAUUGUCGAGGAGGAAGGAAGUAUCCAUGGUAUGGUUGUUAAUGCUGGAAUGACUAAACAUCAACCAGCGCUGGACUUCACAAUGGAACAGGUGAAGCAGCUUUUCGAGUUGAAUGUCUUUGGUGCCUGGAGCUGUGCGACUGCGGCCGCGAGGAAAUUCAUUUCCCUCGGGGUAAAAGGCUCAAUUGUCUUCACCGCAUCCAUGACUUCGUAUCGACCAAAUCGUGCUGCUCCUUCGGCACCAUAUGGUGGAACCAAAGCUGCCCUUCGCAACAUGACCCACACGCUCGCCAUGGAAUGGGCGAAGCAUGGCAUUCGAGUGAACAGUAUCUCUCCUGGCUUUGUCAAGACCGCGAUGACCUACUACAUUGAGACUUCGCCAGACUGGGACUUGAAAAUGCAGUAUUAUGGUGGUAUGCCGCGACUGGCCAUACCGCAAGAACUCGGAGGUGCCUAUGUGUAUCUGCUUUCCGACAAUGCAAGUUAUACCACUGGGAUCGAUAUACCUAUAGCAGGUAUCGUUGGAGCGUGGUAG